GGUAGCUUCGCAAAGCUCAAGCAAGCCCAGAUGAGUGAGUUGCCCAUCGACGAGUGCCGGAAGAAAGGUGGUUUCGUCUUCAGCAACAUUGACGAACACUACGCCUUCUGUGCCGGUGACCCUCUAGGACAGUACGGUGUUUGCCACGGCGACAGCGGCGGUCCGUUGUUCUGUUCCAAGGAUGGCACCAGUUGGACGGUCCAAGGUGUCGCCAACACCAUCUUGAAAUCCACCGACUCGGGGACGCUGUGUGGAGUCGGCAGCGAUUCAUUCUGGAGCAGAGUCAGCACCCACCUGCCUUGGAUCCGGCAUACCAUUCGCGUCAUGUAGCGCCUCUGUAUCCUUCGUCAGGCUCGUCCAGUAUCUCAAGGCUCCACAUCGAGAUUCGCACAAAAGGGCAAUGAACGUUUCCUUUAGCAGGAUGAGAUGACGAAUAAAGUGCUGCGGAGA